AUGGUCACUCCCAGUAAUGCUCCGUUUCGACCCUCUCCAUUAUCCUUCGGUUCGCCUCGAGCUUCUCCCUUUCGUCGACCUUCUACUCCCAAUUCGCCCCCCUCGCAGGCUCGUCCAGCUACCCCCGGCAGCUCACCCGGUCGAUACACCCCUGUCCAGUCUCCCAGCAAACUCCAUCAAUCCUAUACCGUCGAAGACGAACAUGUCUCGCCCCAGAAUAGAGACCCAAUUCCUCAACCACAGUUUUCGCGAGAACUCCCUCCGUCGCCGACCAAAGGAGCGAACUCGACCGACUCUUCCCUGCUCAUCGAAACCAAGACUACCAACAUGAUGGCCGCAUCGUCCGAUGCGGCGGCCAAAUUAACCCCGGCGCAGUUACGGGAGAUCCGAGAGGCAUUCCAGGUGCUGGACCGGGACAAUGAUGGCUCAGUCAAUAGGGACGAUGUGGCGGAUGUGCUCGUGAACGUCGGUCAGGAUGCUUCGAUGACAUCCCAAUUUUUUCCCACGGGAGGUCCACAGUCCAUCAACUUUCCUACAUUCUUAAAUAUCCUCUCCAGUCUACUCGCCCCGCUCUCGUCACGGCAGGAACUGAUGAACGGAUUGGCGGCGUUUGACGAAGAUGACAGUGGCCAGAUCGACGUCGAGGAACUACGAGACGCUCUACUUCAUACGGUGCCGGAAGAAGGGGAGUCUCCAUUGACGGAGCGAGAGAUCAACGACGUUCUCAGUGGGUUCACCGGACGGCGAGUGUUUGGGGGGAAGAAGACGGGAGGAGGACAGCGCGGCGAGGUUUUUCGAUACUCGGACUUUGUUGACGCCAUCGUGGGAGGGACGGAGAAACGAGAGAUCUGA